AAGCUGAGGCGGGAAACUUAGUUCUGGUAAAAAUAAUCAACACUGCUGCCAAGUGCUAAUCACUCACUAUUUAUUUACAGUUUUAGGUUAUAAUUUUGAGUUUUAAAAACGUAGUAACGUCAGUAUUUGUACUAAAUUUGCCAUCAAACUUCCAAUCAAUUUAAUCUUAGUCAAAAUAAAUCAGCAUUGACAAAUUUUACAAAUCAUUAGUAGUUUUACACAUUUUUGUAAAAUUAUUAUGGCAGACACUGAACCAAUGGAAGGUGUUGAAGUUACAGAACCUACGUCUACAAAACAGCAUCAGCCUAGCACUAGCACUUCAACAACAAAAUCUUCAGAUAAAAGUCAAAACCUUCCCUGGAUAGAGAAGUAUCGGCCAUUAACGUUUGAUGAUAUUGUGGGAAAUGAAGAAACCGUCGACAGAUUGGCCAAUAUCUCCCGGAGUGGCAACACUCCACACAUCAUCAUUGCAGGACCACCCGGAGUGGGCAAGACCACCACAAUUCUGUGCCUGGCGAGAGCGCUUCUGGGGCCCGCCAUGAAGGAGGCGGUGCUGGAGCUCAAUGCUUCCAACGACCGAGGGAUCGACACAGUCCGUAACAAGAUCAAGAUGUUUGCCCAGCAAAAGGUCACAUUGCCGCCAGGCAGACACAAGAUCGUCAUUCUAGAUGAAGCCGACAGCAUGACAGAUGGAGCGCAGCAAGCUCUGAGGCGGACUAUGGAGAUUUACAGCGGCACCACACGGUUCGCUCUGGCCUGCAACAAUAGUGAGAAAAUCAUAGAGCCGAUACAGUCUCGUUGCUGCAUCCUACGGUACAACAAGCUCACCGACGCCCAGCUGCUGGCUAAAGUCACAGAGAUCUGCCAGAAAGAACAAGUAUCACACACCAACGAUGGUCUGGAAGCCAUUAUAUUCACGGCACAAGGAGAUAUGAGGCAAGCUCUCAACAAUCUCCAGUCAACUUUCAAUGGGUUUGGGCACGUCAGCAGUGAGAACGUGUUCAAGGUGUGUGACGAGCCCCACCCUCUCCUGGUCAAGGACAUGUUGAUGCACUGCGUGUCUGGGGAUAUAGCUAAGGCGUACAAGAUAAUUGCUCAUCUCUGGAAGCUGGGUUACGCUCCUGAGGACAUGAUUACGAACAUAUUCAAGGUCAGCAAGGGGCUGGAUAUUGCAGAGACUAUAAAGCUUGAGUUUGUUCAGGAGAUCGGGUUGGUACACAUGCGGAUUGUGGAAGGCUGCAAUUCACUAUUGCAGUUGGCUGGACUGCUGGGCAAGUUGUGUCAGAAAGCCAAUGCUCUCACUGCCCAGUAAGUUUUUCUACUAAUAGAUUUUUUUGUAUAUACAUUUUCUUGAAUUAAACAUUUUUAUUACA